GCACAGGCUCCCCGUGGACCACUCGUGUGCACCGCGCCAGUUCUCCUUCCACCCUCCUCCCCAUCCUCGUCCCGGCAGCCCCGCGAGAUGAUAACGCCAAAACCCUAAACCCCACCGCAACCCAAUCCCUUCCGGCCGCCCACCCGCCACCGCCACGUCGGCCGGUGGCCUGCCGGAGACCGACCUCCGCUGCCCCCGUCGCCUCAGCCAGCGAUGCACAGGAUUCUCCCCCGAGCCGCCUCCUUCCUCGACGCGGCCGCGGCCCCGGCCCGGCCGCUGCUGCCCUCCUCCCCCAUGCCCGCGCUUCGCCUGGCAGGCCCGUCCCUCUCCGCUUGCUCGAUGCCGAGCACCGCGCGCCUCCGCCCCCUGCCGUGGCUGCGCUGCGGCGGUGGCGGCGCGGUCGCGAGGAGGGGGCUCUGCUGCUCCGCCGAGGCGGCGAGACGCGGGGAUGUUGCCGCGGGAGAGGGGGAGGAGGAGGAAGAGGGGAGGGGCUCCAGAGGAGGUGGGGGUCGUCAUUCGCCAGAGAGGAGGCAGAGAGGCCGGGGCGAUGCGGCGACGGGGAGCGGGGAGCUGCUCGCCAUUCCUGGGGUCGGGCCGCGGAACCAGAGGAAGCUCGUUGAGAAGGGAUUCGAUGGCGUUGCGCCGCUCAAGCAGCUCUACCGGGAUAAGUUCUUUGGCAAGUCUGAUGUGAAGAUGGUUGAGUUCUUGCAAAGUUCAGUUGGCAUCAUACACAAGAACCAUGCUGAGAGUAUAACUUUGUUCAUUAAAGAGAGCGUUGAUGAGGAGGUGAAAGACACUGACACAUCUAAGCCUUGCAGAAGAAAGAGGCUCACCUUUUGUGUUGAAGGGAAUAUCAGUGUCGGGAAAUCUACAUUCCUUCAAAGAAUUGCCAACGAGACUAUCGAACUACGUGACCUUGUGGAAAUAGUACCUGAACCUGUUGCAAAGUGGCAGGAUAUUGGGCCUGAUCACUUUAACAUACUUGAUGCUUUCUAUGCUGAACCACAGAGGUAUGCUUACACUUUCCAGAAUUACGUCUUUGUGACAAGGGUGAUGCAAGAGAGGGAGUCUUCAAGUGGAAUAAAGCCUCUCCGGCUGAUGGAAAGAAGUGUUUUCAGUGAUAGAAUGGUUUUUGUCCGUGCUGUUCAUGAAGCUAAGUGGAUGAACGAGAUGGAAAUCAGCAUUUACGAUUCCUGGUUCGACCCAGUUGUGUCAUCUCUCCCGGGUCUUGUCCCUGAUGGUUUUAUUUAUCUAAGAGCUAGCCCUGACACCUGCCACAAAAGAAUGAUGGUUCGGAAAAGGUCUGAGGAGGGUGGUGUCAGUCUUGAUUACCUUCAAGGUUUGCAUGAGAAACAUGAAAGCUGGCUACUUCCGUCCAAAGGACAAGGUUCUGGUUUGUUGUCAGUCAGUCAGCUUCCAAUUCAUAUGGAGGGCUCACUACAUCCAGAAAUACGAGAUCGAGUGUUCUUCCUGGAAGGAGAUCAUAUGCAUUCUAGUAUCCAGAAGGUUCCUGCUCUGAUCCUGGACUGUGAAAAUGACAUUGAUUUUAACAAGGACAUUGAAGCUAAACGACAAUAUGCUCGUCAAGUUGCGGAGUUCUUCGAAUUUGUGAAGAAAAAGAAUGAAGCUCUUCCUGCUGAGACAAGUGAUGGUGACAAGAGUAUGAGCCCACAGGUUAUGCUUCCUGGCAGAGGUGAUUUGUGGUUCCCUGGAGGCAGCCCUUUACCAAAAUCUGCUCUAGGAUCUCUUGAAUUCAGACGGGCGAUGUCGUCCUUCCUCCCAAAGUAGGGGCAAACAUCACUGAUGCAACUACCAUUUUGUGGCCAUGCAUGGUAUCUUGUAAAAUCUGGAUGGUCAUUUGGUCAAUCAGCACAUCCGAGCCUCAAAGUACCACCACUAACUGGCGACGACCUUCUGAAUGCUGUAUGAUCUCGAAACGUAGGUACUCUUUCCAUCUGUAGUGCUAGCCAAUGCUGUAUGAUAGUAUCUGACUUCGUGUUCCUGUAAAUGAUGAUCUGACUACUUGCUUGGCGUCGGUGCCUAUUAGUAUAUUACGGAUAAGUAUGGAACCAUAUGCUGUUUC